UCUCUAGUAUGCGAUAUUUCUGCAAGAAGUCUCGCUUUCUUUUUUUCUUGUUUCUCGUAUUGAUACUACUGUUAGGUUAUACGCUGUACUUUGACACAACUGGUAAAUCGAAACAAGCAUCCAUUGGAGGUGACUCGUCGUUGCUGCGAUCGCGAAAGAGCCAAAGAUCAGGCCACACAGUUGCCACAGUCGAGAAUCAUCAGGCUGUCAAGGGGCACAACACUGAGAAGACCCAGAUAUCGAGUAAAGCUAAUGUUGGGGAAGUUCCUGUUUUCAUCACGGUGAAGACAGGACGUACGUAUCAUCAGACAAGAAUCCCGCUGUUGCUGCAGACGUGGUUCAAUUACGCCGCCAAUGAGACAUAUUUUGUCACCGACACGGAAGACGAGGAUAUUUCGAGACAAUCAGGUCGACAUUUGAUUGUGUCUGGGUGUGGAGAUGGUCAUCAGAGAGACGCUUUGUGCUGUAAAAUGGGCAGGGAGUUUGAACUUUUUUAUCUUUUCGGUAAAGGGAAAGAUUGGUUUUGUCAUGUGGAUGAUGAUAACUAUUUAAACGUUCCAAGCCUUGUCAAUCUACUCUCACAAUUUGAUCCAAAUAAAGACGUGUAUGUUGGAAAGUCGAGUCUGGGAAGAACGAUGAGUUUGCAUUGGGAAUAUAAAUCAAUACCGGCCAUACUAACAAAUGCCAGUCGAAGUCCAUUUUGGUUUGCAACCGGUGGAGCUGGUUUUUGUAUAAGCCGUCACUUAUCUCAGAGAAUGCAGCCAUACGUUCAAAAUGGCAAGCUUGUGCAAAUGUGCCAUUUCACAGGACUGCCAGAUGACUGCACAGUGGGCUUUUUGUCAGAAUGUGUAUUAGGGGUACCAAUGACACCAUCACGCCUACUGCACUCUCACUUGGAAAUACAGCGAGUUCCUGUUGAUCAGUUAAAAAAUCAUGUGACAUUUAGCUAUGGUGUUUUGGGCAAACAGGAGACCCUCAUUCCAGUAGACGGUCCAUUCUCAAAAACUGAAGACCCGACAAGAUUCAAGUCGUAUCACUGCUUACUAAAUCCUCAAGUUGAAUGGUGUCCACGCUAGCACCACUCAGGAAGUGUCUGGAAAUGUAAAGUAAUGAUUUGGACUGAGUAUAUUGUAUAUUGCAUUGCACACGGGGAUCUGGAUAUAUGCAGUAUGGAUUUUAGCCAAAGUUUUACUGUUGAAAUGAUGUAAAUUCACAGACAGUAGAAUCGUGUCCUUGAACAAAUUUUAAAGUCUUAUGGUUCGCUAGAUAUAUUAGAGACUUUUGUGAUUAUGGAGGAUGUUGCCUUAGUGAAUUGUGAUCAAUUUUAUAUAUAUUUGAAAAGGAAAGGAUGUUACGGAUACACGUAUAUUUAUACACCAAAAACUUUUCCUUGAGGCACAGAUAUUACUUAGUACACCACAAUUAUUGGUUGCUGCAUGUUAGCUAUGGUGAGUUGUUUACU